CCCUUGGCACUCUUCCCGGUUCCCUCCUCCAAAUAAACUUUGCUCGCACAGCUGAGGGUGGCAGGAACUUUCUUCGAGAGAGAAACUCCUCUGAAACGGGAAAGAGAAGCUCAUUGUUUCCUGGGGAGUCCAGAUUGUGAGGCAAUCUCCAUGACAGCAACGGGGGACCAUUUUGGUGGCAGGGAUGGAAGACCAUUCCACAUUGUGACACCUGUCCUGGAGAGCAUCGCCCUUUCCGAAGCUGCGGGCACCAAAGUCUAUAUGAAGAUGGAGAAUGUCCAACCUGCGGGUUCCUUCAAAAUCCGGGGCAUUGGCUACUUUUGCCAACAGGUUGCCAAAAAGGGUUGCCAACACCUGGUUUGUUCAUCAGGUGGCAACGCUGGACUUGCUGCAGCAUAUGCUGCCCAAAAACUUGGCAUACCUGCCACCAUCAUCGUCCAUGGAAGUACUCCACUGUCGACGGUGAAUAAACUAAAGAAGUUUGGUGCAGAGGUGGAGAUCUUUGGGAAGGUGUGGGACGAUGCUGAAGAAAGAGCCAAGAAACUUGCUGAAGCUGAUGGCUGGGUCAAGGUCCACCCUUUUGACCACCCAUUGGUGUGGAAGGGCCACAGCACUAUGAUCAAGGAGCUGAGGGACUCCCUGGAUUCCAAGCCAGGAGCUAUUGUGCUCGCUGUGGGCGGAGGUGGGCUGCUCUGUGGGGUGGUGUCUGGUCUGCAGGAGGUGGGCUGGCAGGAUGUGCCCAUCAUUGCUGUGGAGACAAAAGGUGCUGACAGCUUCAACGCAGCCCUCAAAGCAGGACGGCUCGUCACUCUGCCUGACAUAACCAGUGUGGCCAUGUGCCUGGGAGCCAAGACAGUGGCACAGAGGGCUCUGGAUUGUGCCCGUGAGUGUUGCAUCAUCUCUCAUGUGCUAGAUGAUGUAGAAGCGGUGAAAGCCAUCGAGCAGUUCCUGGAUGACGAGCGCAUGUUGGUGGAGCCUUCCUGUGCUGCCACCCUGGCUUUUCUCUACUCAGGCUACCUCCAGCAGCUGCAGGAAGAGGGGAGGCUGAGCCGGCAACUGGACUCCAUUGUCGUUAUUGUCUGCGGUGGGAGUGCCAUCCAUGCGGAGGAGCUCCGGGCCUUGAAGAAUCAGCUGGGGAUGAAGUGAAGGAGGGCAGCUCUUGACAUGCUGGCAAAUGAACAUAUUGCGGGCCAGGAUAUUUUUUAGUGCACUUAGAGCAGGGGUGGGGAAGCCUUUCCAGCCUGAGGGCCACCUUCCCUUCUGGGCAGCCUCCCAGGGGCCACAUGGCAGUGGUGGUGGGUGGCCCAGAGUCAAAAUCGGGGAGAGCAAGGGAUGCAAACUUUCCCUUUGCACAGGGGGCUAUUUUCUACACACACACACACACACACACUUCUAUCAUCCAUCCAUCCAGGCAGGCAAAAGGCAUUACUAGUGCUCAAACGCAUUUUCCACCCAUGCCAAGUAUAUUGGGUGGUGUUCUUCCACUUUCCCAGAGCUACAAUCCCUAGAGUUCCCUGUGAAGUGGGAUUUGUUUGUGCAACCACACAAAGCAAUAGGGGGGUCUUCUCACAAUUCUUGGCAUCCUUAAUGAACUACAGUUCCCAUUAUUCUUUAGGGGCAGGGAAGCCCUGACUGUUUAAAGCAGUAUGGUCCUGCCAUUAUUUGUAUAGUGC